CCACGCUUCCCCUCCGAGACGCGUUCCCCAACGGCGGCCGGCGGGCCGGUGGUGCGUUUUAUAUCCCCAAAAUAGCCCCCAUGUUUCAAGACCCUCUCCAAAUUCUCGUGUGUAAUUUUAGGGUUUCAUUGGGGGCAGUUAUGUUAACGCGCACAUUUUAAUGACCCAAAUUCCACACCGCGUCCAAGUCGGUGCGCACGCCGCCUAUAUUAGCAACGGUUAUUCCCUCCCUCUCUCUCUUCCCUGUCCGGCGAACUCUUCUUAAUAAUUCACAGUUUGAUCCAAAAGAAGGGAAUUCGGUUUUGUUAAUUUUGUUUGGGGCGUGGGAAGGCGGAAGGGAGAAGAAGGAAAGUUUGGAAAAGGAUGGCAGAUUGCAAACCUUUGGGCUUCCUCAUAGGCCUCCCCUUCGCUAUUCUUGCUUUGGCUCUCUCUCUCGUUGGCGCGGUCGUCUGGAUCAUCGGGUCGGUGUUGAGUUGCUUGUGCCCGUGUUGCAUUUGCUGCACCGGACUGGCGAAUGCGGCGAUGAGCUUGGUGAAGCUUCCCGUGAAGAUAAUCAGAUGGUUCAUCGAUCAGAUUCCUUGCUAAUUGGAUUUUAGUUUUCCAUUCGUGUUAGUUUUAGGUUGUCGCUGUAUAAUUCUUUUGUGUGUGUGUGUGUGUAUGCAUGCGUUUUCAUUAAGUGUAACACAUAGAUUCAUUAAUUCGUUAAUUAGAUUUUUCAUAUUGUUUGAGAAUAAUCAUAAACCAUUAGCUAUUAUUUAUACAUAGCUUCUAUUUCAUUCUCUUGAA